CUGUAAUCUGUACCUAUCUUGCGCCUAUUGAAUGACGCUGCACGGCGUCUAGUUAAUAAUUAUUUUCUGUACGUGAGGUGAGGUAGGUUUGGCACCGUGCAAGCUUUUUGGCAACAAAUCGUCUAAUAGCUAUCCUAACUUCGUAUCGUAGCUUCGAAAGCUUUUAAGAGGGAAUCUUAGAAGUCGAAGCGAGCGCAUCGCCAGUAGCUGAGCUGCAUUUUCCGUCUCUUGCAAAGGCACAUUUACAUUCGCAUUUACAUUCACAUUCACAUUCGCAUUCACCCCACGAUCGAACACGAUCGAACUCUACUCAUCCUCUUACACGGGCCUCGCUAUAGCGCAUUACCCUCCUUAAUUCCGGGCGACGGUCGUUAAAUCGUUCGGUCGUUCGAGCCUUUCGUUAUCGCAAUUUUGUCCUUCUCAUUUCCGACGCCGCCCGCCUCUUAAUUACACUCGACCGAAUCCUCCUCCCUGCGCGGCUGUCAUUGCAUACAUAUUCGCCAAUUCAUUGAAGAACUUCUUUCGUAUACCUGUUAUAAGUCUAUUGCAAUCAUAGGAUCAUAGGAUCAUAGUAGGAAGCAUGGCUGCGCGACCUACCACUCCGGCGUCCCCUAAAAAUGUCAAGAUCAACUCGCCCACACCGGGGACGCCCUUGUUUGGCUGUGAGCACGUUCAAAUACUACUAUCCAACAACCCAGAUGUCCUAAACAACUCAAUCCAAUACUAUAAGAUGUUGCUGAGAGUCAUCUUCGACGGCAACCCCCUGGUACCGCAGACUUGCAAGGGUCCAGAUGGGCUGAUAACUACGUCUCUAACUUCGAACUACCUCUGCUUGCAAUGUUCUGUCAUUGUUACCGAAGAAGAGCGCACAAAACAUGCGAACAAGAAGAGCCAUCGGUUUUAUGUCGACUCAAGGAGUGGCUCACUAUAUUGUCAGUUCUGCGAAGACUUUGUAUGGGACCCAACUCUGGACGAUCUCAGGGUGAGAAAGAUAGGGACUGGUUCAUUCUCAAGUCGUAAGAGAAAACACGAAGAGAUGUUUUCGGAUGCUGUGAAAGAUCCUUUAAAGGAUGAUCCUAGAUAUAUAUCCUCUAAUACCACCAUCGCAUCGUGUAGGGCAGACGGGCUCCGAGGAAUCUACAAUGCCGGUGCGACUUGUUACCAAAAUGUUGUAUUGCAGAGUUUUCUUCACAACCCCCUACUAAGGAACUUCUACUUGAGCGACGGCCACCAGAGCAGCGAUUGCCAGGUACCUCACUGCCUUAGCUGCGCCAUGGACGAUAUGUUCCAAGACUUCUACGCCCUCGAAAAUACUAACGGUUACACGGCGGCCAACAUAUUGUCCGGUUUUUGGAUAUCCGAAAAGAAGGCGUUUGAGAACCUAGUCACUACGAAGGAACAAGACGCGCAUGAAUUCUUUCAGUUCUUGGCCGAAGAGUUACACGAGAGGAACGGAGAUGGCAAGAAGCCCGAAACUGGCAGUGAGCAUAGUUGCAAUUGCAUCAUCCACCAGACUUUCUACGGCAAGCUCCAAAGCCAGACGACUUGCCAGCACUGCGGUGGUGUUACCAAUGCAAUAGAGUCUUUCCUUGACCUAAGUUUGGGUCUGGAGAACCUGUCACAGAAGAGGGGCAAGAAGGCCCUCAAGACCGCCGCGUCACUAACAUUGCAAGAAUGUCUUGACGAGGAGUACAUUAAAUCCGACAAGUGCGAGUAUCGGUGUAGGAACUGCAAUUCAUCGCAACAAGCGCGGAGAGAUCACAGCAUAAAGCUGCUACCGAAUGUACUGUCUAUACAGCUCAAGAGGUUCGAGUUCAAACAGGGGAGUCGUGAUCGUGUUGCAUCCAAGAUCAGCACGAAAGUACAGUUUCCGUUACAACUAAACAUGCUUCCAUAUACCACACGUAGUCGAACGUCAGAUGCUCGUGAUAGUCAGGAACUAAGGCGAUCAUGUACAUAUGACCUAUUGAGCGUCGUUGAGCAUGUUGGAGAGAUCGAUACGGGACACUACGUAACGUAUUCUCGGGUUGGAGAUCAAUGGUUCUCGUUUAACGACCACAGAGUCGAGUUGGCCAAGAAAUCCGACGUCCUGGGCAGCCAGGCUUAUCUGCUAUUCUACAUCAUCCGGUCGCUGGCGUAAAGGGGGCGGGGUGGUGGUGGUUUGUCGUUGGUGGCAAACCAAUCAAUAUACCGAAAUGGAAUUGGACGGCGGUGUUUUUGAUGACGCAUUUACACGGUUUGGGGCGCGAUGAGCUUACGUUUUUCUUCUUUUUCUCUUCUUUCGGCAUUGUGUUGUGUUUGAAUAAGAUAGAGAAACAGCGCAUAGAGUGAUAGGUAUUAUGACCACCUCUAUUUCAUGUUUUUGGCCUUUGGGUUUUUGAUUUGUCGAGUGAUAGCGAGUAGGUAUAUUGCCGGUUUAUUGACUAGGCUAGGCACUCAAAUGAAGACAGCGAAAUGGAGACAAUAUCGUAAGAGUUGGAUGGGGUUUAUUGAAUAGUCUCGCCCGACGAUUCUUUUCACCUAUGGUAGCUGUGGCGUUUCCUUUGAUCUCUAAUAUCAUCUUUCCAUCCUGCUCCCUACCCCCAAGCUCCCACCCUACAUCGUUUACAAAACAUGGCGUGAGCGAAACACUCGGCCCACCGGAGAGUCUAGAAGUGAUGGUAUUUGUGAACGAUAUAAUUGUCAUAAAGGUUAGGUAGGUAGGUAGGUAGUUAUGCUAUUCGAGAAGCUUGGUAGUGAAAUACGCACGUAGCUCAAACGAACUGGUA